AUGAACGGUAGUAAACGACCAAGACUAGGCGCAUCGCCUAAUGAAAAGCCGCGGCUUACUCGGGCUUGUGCCGAAUGUAAGAAGCACAAGAUCAAAUGCUUUGUGCAGCCUGGUCGAGCAGAAUGUAACAAAUGCCUGAGAAGCGGAGUGCAAUGCGUUCCUCACAAUUUUGCCCAGAAGUUUAUAGAUGAAGACGCCGCGUGGAAGACACAAACUGCAGCGACAAUAAGCCGGCUCAGUGACACUGUUGAGAAACUACUGCAUCAUAACAAUUUGAAAAGUAUUACAGUCCCUGAUAAUACAAUAUCCAUGCGACAGCCACCAGAUAAUGCAGCCAGGCAAGUCUCUCCGAGCACCGUCCACUCCGAAUCGGCGGACAACUUCACCCCUGAAGGCCCUUCAGCUGGUCUCCGCAGACACCAAGAUGAUUCAGAUCUUGUUCCUCUACCCAUGAACAAUCUAUACAAUCUCACAGACCCAAACAACUCGCAACUGAUCCGCGUCGAUCCCGCCGACGUCAACGGACCCGACUUCAUCACCCAGGGAGUCCUCCCAGUGUCCGAAGCAGAAUUCCUCUUCGACCAUUACCGAACACACAUAAACCCACUUCUCUGGGACGGGAUGCUCUGCUCACACAAGUCCCUGCGCGAGGCAAGACAGUCCUCGUCGUUCCUGGUGGCGGUGGUCCUCACCGUAGCGGCCCUGCAUAUUCCAAACCGCGAACAGUCCCUCCACUCCACGUACGGGGCAUUCGUAUCGCUCAUGCGAGGGUCGUGUCUACUGCGCUGCCAGAACCUGGAUGUAAUUCGUGCGCUAUGUAUCGGGGCAUUCUACCUCACAAGUCUGAGCUGGGCGCUCUGCAGCCGCGCCGUGCGAGUCGGCACCGAGAUGAACCUACAUAAAUCCUCGCUACAGUUUGCGCGCGGUUCGCUGGAGUCAUACGAGCGUGUUAGACUCUGGUAUGUCCUUUACGUGUGUGAUCAUCAGUUUGCACUUGCGUAUGGCCGUCCGCCCAUGAUGCAUGAAGAUGCCGCUAUACGUAACGCCGAGAAACUCCUCACCAGCGGCCUGUCGUCAAAGGGUGAUCAUGGCCUUGUGGCGCAGGUAAAACUCUUCCGCAUUCUGGCUAGUGGAUACUUCAUGCAUGGGUGCGACCCUGAUCUCGAGCUCAGCGGGCAGGACUUUGAGCGGCUGAAGGAGUUUGAUAUUUCGGUUGAUCAAUGGCGGCUUGAGCACCCGGCUAGGGAUUCUGGGGUUCGACGGGAUAGUUUGGCUUCAACUGCGGCAAAUGCGCUGUAUUAUCACCUGGCGCGCUUCCAGCUUAACUCGGUUGCGCUUCGUGGUAUCUCGGCCAGGGAGGCGUCUCAUGAUACGCCGAGUCUCGAUAUGAACUGGGAUAGACAGGAGGCUUCUAAUAUUGCCAUUAUGACUGCCAUGAGUACGGCGAGGAUUAUCGUGGAUGAUUUAUAUCUACAGAAGGCUUUGAUAGGUCUUCCUAUUUUUGUCCAUGCAAUGGUUGCAGUCUGUGCGUCUUUCCUGUUGAAGAUGGCUGUCGUUUUUGGGAGGCCAGACCCCAAUGAUGGCAAUACCUUGCAUCUGCCCAGGGACCUCGCUGAGCAUGGACUGAAUUUUCAUACCAAAACGGCCUUGACGAAUGUUGAACGCCUGGUACGAGUGUUGUCGCAAGUGGCGGACAACGCGAGCCAGCGGCAUGUUGUCAGACAGGUUGUCACUGGACUAGGCGAGCUAUUACAACGAUUUUCCCCGGGGCGGGAAACGGGCGUGUUUCUCUAUUCGCUUUAUUCGCAAUCAGGCUGUACGAGUAUGUUGAAGCGUCAAAUGGCGGGAGGAGUUGAGCGAGAAGCGGUUGUUGACCUGCCUCCCAUGGACCCUGAUACGGCGGUAAACGAGGGGACUGCGGUGCAAGUUGAUACUCGACAGCAGGAUCUGUUUGACCUUACUGGCGACCUGGAUUGGAGAUUCGAUGAGGGGUUCUUAUUUGGCAUUGACGGGGUUGAUUCUGAGCUGUCGUUCCUAUGACCGCUAUAU